AUGCCCGCCGUCCUCGCGCUCGCGUCUCGCGCGCACGCGAUCCCCCGCGCGGCGAUCGUCCGCGCGCGCGCGCCGCGCCGCCGCGCCGUCCGCGCGUCGUCCGAAGCGGACGCGGUCGAGACUUCUAAUAAAAAGGGCAGCGCGCGAGCCGCGCCGAGGCAGAACGUCGCCGUCGGCGGGCACAACCCCACGGGCGGCGCGUCGGAGAUGGACGAAGCGCGCGUCGUGGACCCGUAUGGCCUCGUCGAGGACGUGAUGACGGCCCCGGCGGCGACGCUGACGCCCGAGCUCGAGCUGGAAGACCCGACCGUGGUCGAGUUUCUCGAGAGGUACAAGGGCGUCCCGGUCGCGAGCGCGGAGAGCGGCGAGUGCGUCGGCGUCUUGUCCCGGCGCGACGUCGAGAAGCUGAAGAACGGCGAGAAGGUGGGGAUCACCGUGGAGGACAUCAUGAGCCAUCCUCCGUUCUGCGUCCGACCGCACGCUCACAUCGCGGAGACCGCGGGGAUGAUGCUCAUGCACCGCGUGCAUAGGCUCCCGGUCGUGGACGAUAAGAAGAAGUCGAUCGGAAUCGUCACGCGAACGGACAUCUUCGAACCGCUCAUCGCGAAGCGCGACGACCUGCUUCAGGACCAAGCCGAACGACGCGUCCCGUGACGCGCCGCGCAGAGCCGCGGCGGCGGCGGAGUCGUUAACGCGGCGUCACGACCCGCGUUCCGGAGUCGGCGCGGGCGAGAGCUGGGAGGAGGACGAGGACGACGCGCGACGCGCGCGGGAGAUGCGCGACGACGACGACGACGAGCUGUGGUGAGCGAGUGGUGAUGUGUAGAGUAGAUGGUACGCGUGACGACGUCACGCGCGCGUGUCGAUAGCACGAGCGAACGAUGAACCC